CACAUAACAUCAAUCCACCAUUCACAUAUAUAUACAUACAUACAUACAUACAUACAUACAUACAUACAUACUUACACUCCACCAUUCACAUAUAAGGAGUUGCUCUACACAUAUCAAAGAGCUACAAGCAUAACCAGCCUGCCACACAAACUUCAUUUAAGAAGAAACAAAGAUGGUUCAGAACUCUGCCCUUGAUAUUUCCCUCGAUGUACAUGCACAAGGCUCUAAAUGUUUUGACGAUGAUGGUCGCCUCAAAAGAACUGGGACGAUUUGGACUGCGAGUGCGCAUAUUAUAACAGCAGUUAUUGGGUCAGGGGUUCUGUCCCUGGCUUGGGCCACUGCUCAGCUCGGAUGGGUGGCUGGUCCGACCGUCAUGUUCCUCUUUUCCUUUGUCACUUACUACACAUCUACUCUUCUCGCCGCCUGUUACCGCACCGGUGAUCCUUACACUGGCAAAAGAAACUAUACUUACAUGGAAGCUGUCCAAUCCCAUCUUGGCGGCGUUAAAGUCAAGUUCUGUGGGUUGGUUCAGUACUUGAAUCUUUUUGGAGUUGCGAUAGGAUACACCAUUGCUGCCUCUAUAAGCAUGAUGGCUAUCAAGAAAUCUAGCUGUCGCCACAAGAGCGGUGGGAAGAAUCCUUGCCACAUGAACAGCAACCCUUACAUGAUUGCAUUUGGAAUUAUUGAAAUCAUUUUCUCUCAGAUUCCUGACUUUGACCAGCUAUGGUGGCUCUCCAUUGUCGCCGCCGUCAUGUCCUUCACUUACUCCACCAUUGGCCUUGGCCUUGGCAUUGCAAAAACUGCAGCAAAUGGAAAAAUCAAGGGGAGUCUAACUGGAGUAAGCGUAGGCGCUGUAACACAAACUCAAAAAAUAUGGAGAAGCUUCCAAGCCCUUGGAGAUAUAGCUUUUGCCUAUUCUUUCUCGCUUAUCCUCAUUGAAAUUCAGGACACUAUAAAAUCGCCACCAUCGGAGUCAAAAACUAUGAACAAGGCUGCCUUUGUAAGUGUAGGAGUAACGACCCUUUUCUACAUGCUAUGCGGGUGCAUGGGAUAUGCAGCGUUCGGAGAUUUUGCUCCUGGAAAUCUCCUCACCGGAACUGGAUUCUCGGAGCCAUAUUGGAUUCUGGACAUAGCCAAUGCCGCCAUUGUUAUCCACCUUAUUGGUGCAUACCAAGUUUUCUGUCAACCCUUGUUUGCCUUCAUAGAAAAACAUGCAAAAGAAAGAUUCCCAGAAAGUGAAUUCAUCAACAGAGAUGUCAACAUUCCCAUCCCGGGUUUUAAACCCUACAGACUGAAUCUCUUCAGACUGGUUUGGAGGACAAUCUUCGUGAUUUUGACGACGCUAAUUUCAAUGCUUCUUCCUUUCUUCAACGACAUUGUUGGGUUGCUUGGAGCUUUAGGGUUCUGGCCAUUGACAGUGUAUUUCCCGGUUGAAAUGUACGUGAAGCAGAUGAGAAUUCCAAAGUGGAGUACCAGAUGGCUUUGUCUUCAAGUGUUGAGCUUUGCUUGUCUUAUCAUCACCAUUGCUGCAGCUGCUGGGUCUGUUGCAGGAGUUGUUCUUGACCUAAAAACUUACAAGCCAUUCAAGUCUGAAGAAUAAUUAAUUCAACACAAAAAAAAAAACAAAAAACAAAAAUCAAAAGUCGACGGAUCAGAGUUUUAAGUUAUUGUCAAUAUGAUCAAAAUGUAACAGAAGCCUGAAAAGGGUUUCUUAGGAAAUUGAAAGAAGGGCAAGGCCAUGUAUGAUUAUAGUUUGGAAUUAUGUAAUUUCAAGUUCAUUUAGUAAGAAA